AUGGGUUUUCAGCUAGCUCUUCACUCUUCUUCUCUUCUUUCAUUUUUUUUUUUUAAUUUUUUUUUUUUUUUUAUUUUUUUCAUUUCUUUUCUUUUUUCCCUCUUCCUCUUUUUCCCUUUCCCCAUUACUACGGCUCUCUGUGUUUUCUCCCCCGUAAAGUUCUUCCAGACUUCAUUGAAUCCAUUUAACCUUUAUUUAUUUUUUUUGUUAUAUUCCUCGUUUCUUUAUCAAGGUUUUCACCCCUCCUUUCUUAUCGUUUCAAACUCGGGCUCAGUCAACAAAUCUGCUUCAAGUCCUGGAGCCAAAAGGACAAUCACACCAAGACAACGCUCACUAGCACCAGAUCUUUGUUCGUUUCAGAUCUUUCAACUAAGAAAAUCUAAAAACCCGAACAAAACAGUCGAGCCGGACAAAAAGAGAAAAAAACCCUUCCCCUUUAAAACCAGAAAAAUCCCCGCUAUUUUGCUUGUUAGGGACUCAGAAGAAACGAGUUUUUUUUUUGGAAUCUUAUUUUUUUUUGUUAUAUCUACAACAGAUAGCAACUCCGUGCUAGGAUAA